CUAUACCGUGAUGUGAUGCUGGAGAACUUUGCACUUGUGGCCACUCUGGGUUGUUGGUGUGAAGCAUAUGAUGAGGAGGUACCUUCUGAGCAGAGCAUUUCUGUAGAAAGAGUGUCACAGGUCACAACUCCUGAAUCAGGUCCAUUCCUCCAGGAAGCCCACCCGUGUGAGAUGUGUGACCCACUCUUGAAAGACAUUUUGCACUUGGCUGACCACCAGGGAUCACACCUUAUGCAGAAACUGUAUAUGUGUGGGCCACGUGGGAGAGGAUUCUCAUUCAGUGCAAAAUUUUACCAGCACCAGAAGCAACGUAGUAGAGAAAGUGGCUUCAGAGGGGAUAAUGAAGGGGCUUCAUUUGUGAAGAGCUGUGCAGUCCACGUGUUCAGAAGAUCCUUUGCAUGCAGGGAGGAAGGGAUGGACUUGUCAGACAGCUCUGGCCUCUUCCAGCACCAGACCACUCACGAUUGGGUGAGUCCGUAUCAAAGGGCAGCGUGCAUGGAAUCUUUCCCAUGCAGUUCCGGUUUCAGGCAACAUCAGGGAGACUGUGAUGGACAGAUGGUUUUCAAUUGUAGUGAUAAUGAGAAAGCCUUCCUGAACACCUUUACUCUCCUUGACAACCAGAUAACUCAUACUGCGAUGAGACCCUUCAGAUGCCUACCAUGUGGAAAUGUGUUCAAGGAGAAAUCAGCUCUUGUUAAUCACAGAAAAAUUCACAGUGGAGAAACAUCUCAUGUGUGUAAGGAGUGUGGAAAGGCCUUUAUUCAUCUGUCCCACCUAAAAAUGCAUCAGAAAUUUCACACUGGAAAAAGACAUUACACAUGUAGUGAAUGUGGGAAGGCCUUCAGCCGCAAAGACACACUCGUUCAACACCAGAGAGUUCACACUGGUGAAAGGUCUUAUGACUGCAGUGAAUGUGGAAAAGCCUACAGCAGAAGCUCCCACCUUGUUCAGCACCAGAGAAUUCACACUGGAGAAAGGCCUUAUAAGUGCAGUGAAUGUGGGAAAGCCUUUAGCCGUAAAGACACACUUGUUCAACACCAGAGAUUUCAUACUGGGGAAAGGCCUUAUGAAUGCAGUGAAUGUGGGAAAUUCUUUAGUCAAAGCUCCCAUCUUAUUGAGCACUGGAGAAUUCACACUGGGGCAAGGCCUUAUGAGUGCAUUGAAUGUGGGAAAUUCUUUAGCCAUAACUCCAGCCUCAUUAAGCACAGGAGAGUCCACACAGGAGCAAGGUCUUAUGUGUGCAGUAAAUGUGGGAAAGCCUUCAGCUGCAAAGAUACACUUGUUCAGCACCAGAUAAUUCACACUGGGGUAAGACCUUAUGAGUGUAGUGAAUGUGGGAAGGCCUUUAGCCGUAAAGACACACUUGUGCAGCACCAGAAAAUCCACACUGGAGAAAGGCCUUAUGAGUGUGGUGAAUGUGGAAAAUUCUUUAGCCAUAGCUCCAACCUUAUUGUACACCAGAGAAUUCAUACUGGAGCAAAGCCUUAUGAGUGCAAUGAGUGUGGAAAAUGCUUUAGCCACAACUCCAGCCUCAUCCUACACCAGAGAGUUCACACUGGAGCAAGGCCUUACGUGUGCAGUGAAUGUGGGAAAGCUUAUAUUAGUAGCUCCCAUCUUGUUCAACACAAGAAAGUUCACACUGGAGCAAGACCUUAUGAGUGCAGUGAGUGUGGGAAGUUCUUUAGCCGCAAUUCUAGCCUCAUUCUACACCAGAGGGUUCACACUGGAGAAAAGCCUUAUGUAUGCAGUAAUUGUGGGAAAGCCUACAGCAGAAGUUCCCAUCUUGUUCGGCACCAGAAAGUUCACACUGGAGAAAGGCCUCGUGAGUGCAACAGUUUUGGUGACUCUUUAGCUGCAUCUCUUAAACUUGUUUAG